GUCGCCGAGGGAGCGGGCUGGUCUGGCAUCUUCGGUUUCGUCGCGGGCCUCCUCGUGGGAUUUGGAGUCCUGACUUGCACAGGUCCCAUUGGUCGCUGCGGCGGCUGGCUGACCACGUUCGUGUUCAGGCGCCCCGAGCCCGAGGCCGUCGUGGACGACGCUGCUACGCGGGAUCUGGCGCUGAAGCAGCUCGCCAUCAUACGUCAGCGCAAUGGUAUGACCUGCCUGGCCCGCCGCUCUGGCAUGAGCGGCUCAUUCUCGCUGUUGGCAAUCCGCCAG